CGCCUAGGCAUAUAGCUUUGAGAUUAUUAAAUUACUUGUACAACUGCUCGUAUAUAUAUGUAACACAUACAUUAACACUAAGAAAGUAAGAAUGACAUGUUUAUUGUUAUCUAAGUAAUCUAACACAUAAGUUCAUAAAUACAACUAUACGUCUAUAGCUUUGAGAUUAUUAAAAUACUUGUACAAUUGUACGCGUACAUAUAACACGUCUAAUUAUAAGCCACAAACACUAGUAUAUGGCCAACCCCAAAUUUGUUUCCGCGUUAAUGCACUUCACUACCCAUCCAAUUUUCCAAUUUGCAACUGUAUUUCUGUUUAAUGACCCUAUCCUCUAGCUGUUAUAUUUGUAUCUACCCGCCAAAAACAGCAAAAACACAAAUCUCCCCUUCUUUUUUUCUGUCUACAUUAUUCUUCCCUUGUUAGUAGUAUAUUUUAUAUUAGUAAUCUAAUUCAUUAAAAAUCCAAACAUCUAAAAAAAAAUUAAUUAUGGAUAGAAGAAAAUCCUUUAAAGGAUAUGGUAAGGUAGAAGAAACAGAAGAAGCAAUAUUCCAAAAAAAAUUAAAAAAAAGAAGCAUAAUCAUUUUCAUCUCCAUCAUCAUCCUCCUCGCCGUCGUCAUCACCGCCGCGGUUGCAGGAGUCAUACUAUCCCGCCAAAGCACGGAUGACGACGGCGAUAAGGCACCUGCACCUCCUCCCUCUCCAUCUCAGUCACUAAAAGCUGUAUGCUCAGUGACUCAGUACCCUGACACUUGCUUCACCUCUUUAUCUCCUCUUGUCUCCAACUCUACUACUUUUAGUAGUAUUAUUCCUAGUUCACUCUUCAAUCUUUCUCUUCAAGUGGCAAAACACUCGGUUUCGGAGCUUCGUUUGAUCCUUCCGAAGCACCUGAACGACACCGUUUUGGCUAAGGCGUUGAAGGAUUGUGGUGAGUUGUUUGAUGAUGCUGAGGAUCAACUCCGAGAAUCAUCGGAGUUGACAGUGUCGAGUAAGAAAGGAGAUGAUCUUAGGACGUGGCUUAGUGCUGUUUUGACUGAUCUUGAUAGUUGUGUGGAAGGCGUGUCGGAGAUCAAUGGAACGACGUCGUUGGUUCAGGAUUUACAAUUUAAGAUGAAGAACGCUACUGAACUAGUGAGUAAUAGUUUGGCUAUUGUGAGUAAAGUUGGAUCUAUUUUGGGUAAGUUUAAGGAUAUUUCUAAUAGUAAGGUUCCUUUCCAUUUAAGGAAACUUCUCCGGAGUGAUGGGAAUAAUCAAAUGUUUCCUGAGUGGGUGGGGUCCGUUGAGAGGCGGUUGUUAUUAGGGGAAGGUGAGGAGGAGGGGGGAGCGGACGCAGUGGUGGCUAAGGACGGGAGUGGGCAGUAUAAGACAAUAACGGAGGCGAUAAAGGCGGUGCCGUUGAAGAGUGUGAAGAGGUAUGUGAUAUAUGUGAAGGAAGGAGUGUAUGAGGAGAAUGUAGUGUUGAGUAAACAUGUUUGGAAUGUGAUGAUGUAUGGUGAUGGAAUGGAUAAGAGUGUUGUUUCUGGUCAUUUGAAUUUCAUUGAUGGCACUCCAACUUUCUCUACUGCUACAUUUGCUAUUGCCGGAAAAGGAUUUAUUGCCAAGGAUAUGGCCUUCAAAAAUACGGCGGGAGCUGAGAAGCACCAAGCAGUGGCCUUGCGGUCUCAGUCGGACCAAUCUAUCUUCUACCGUUGCUUGUUUGAUGGAUUCCAAGACACCCUCUAUACACACUCCUAUCGCCAAUUCUAUCGAGAAUGCACCAUCACAGGAACCAUCGAUUUUAUAUUUGGUAACGCGGCUGUAGUGUUUCAAAAUUGUAAGAUCCAGCCUAGACAACCAAUGGCCAAACAAUUUAACACCAUAACGGCCCAAGGUAAGAAGGACGUUAACCAAAACACCGGGAUCUCGAUCCAAAAAUGCACCAUCUCGGGUUUGGGCCAGGUGACAGCCCCAACUUACUUGGGCCGGCCUUGGCAGCAAUACUCCACUACUUUGGUCAUGCAAUCUGUUAUUGGGCCAGUUUUGAACCCAUUGGGCUGGAUAGGAUGGGUCAAUGGAGUUGGUCCACCUUCGACGAUUUAUUAUGCUGAGUACCAAAACACUGGGCCUGGAGCUGAUCUUAGCAAGAGAGUUAAAUGGGCCGGAUUUAAGCCCGAUAUUACAGCUGAUGAGGCCUCGAAGUUUACAGUGGGCAACUUCAUUGAUGGGAGUUCUUGGUUAACAAGCACUGAUGUGGCCUUCCAGACAACAUUGUAAACAGUAAACAUGUCAUUAUCUUUCUUUUUAUUUAUAAUUAAUCUUGAUGUAAAAAAGAGUAUAUAACUAAAUAUGUAAGUUGGAUAACAGACAUAACACUCUUUAGAAAGCACAUGAAAGUUUACAUGGAAUGAAACAUUAAGCUUAGAGGUGUCAAAACCACA